AUGGACCCCAGCAUUCAGAGAGCCCUGAAUGACAAGCUCUAUGACAAGCGCAAAGUUGGAGCUCUCGAGCUCGAGAGGGUCAUUCGUGAGUUGGUCGUGACCAAAGACUACUCGAGGGUCCAGGCCAUCCUCGAUCAGCUGUGCAAUGAGUAUGCCUAUGCUGUCCACCAGCCUCACGCCCGUAAUGGAGGCCUGAUCGGCCUCGCCGCCGCCGCCAUUGCACUUGGCUCGGAGCUGCCCAAGUACCUGGAAGUGAUUGUGCCUCCCGUGCUUGCCUGCUUUACGGACCAAGACGCGCGGGUGCGGUACUAUGCCUGCGAGGCCAUGUACAAUAUCGCCAAGGUGGCCAAGGGCGAGAUCCUCAUCUACUUCAACCACAUAUUCGACGCUCUUUGCAAGCUUGGCGCUGACUCGGAACUCUCAGUCAAGAAUGGUGCCGAGCUGCUGGACCGUCUUAUCAAGGACAUAGUCUCCGAGUCCGCAGCCACCUAUGUCUCCGUGCUCGAAGUACCGCCCGAGUUUGAAGGUGACGACAAGGAGGCACCAGAAGAAUCCGUCGACCUGCCGACUGCCUUCUCCCUGAAGAGGUUCAUCCCGCUGCUCAAGGAGCGCAUAUUUGUGCUGAACCCCUUCACCAGGACGUUCCUGGUCGGCUGGAUUGUUCUUCUAGACUCAAUCCCCGAUCUCGAGCUGGUCACCUUUCUGCCGGAAUUCCUUGGGGGCCUGCUCAAAUUCCUCAGUGACCCGAACCGGGAUGUGCAUGUAGCUACCCAGGGAUGCCUAGAUAAGUUUCUCAAUGAGAUCAAACGCAUCUCUCGCGUGAAGAAAGGGAUAGCAGAGAGCAAGAAAUCCAAGGGGCUGGGGGAUGGCAAGCGGAAGCGCGUCGACUCGUUCGACAGCGGUAGCGCACAGCCUGCCCUUGACGAUGGCGAUGACGUCGGCUCGGCGACAGUCAAUGAGGAUGAUGAGUCCAGCAGCGAAGAUGACUGGGUCCCCGGCCAAGACGUGCACAUCAACUACCGCGCCAUCUUGGAGAUCUUGACGGCGACGCUCGACUCGCCCUUAGGUGCGUGGAUCGUCGAACCCGAGACCGGUGACUUUGCUGUAUUGACCAACCUUGCCACACUAGAAGAAGACGGGCUGCUAGAGUCGCUGCGGUGGAUCGUCGAAUUCCUCGACAUAUGCCCAGAAGAAGUAUUGCCAUUCACCCCCAAGAUCCUGGCCCAUCUGCUGCCGGCCAUGGCUAGCGGGGUAGAGUCUAUCCGCCAGGAUGCCGCCAGGGUCAACACGUCGCUUAUGGACUACGUCGUCUCGCUGUCGGACGAGGCGGAGGCGCCCUUGUCCCGCCUUCCCUCGCGAACGCUGGCACCGCCGCUGGCCGAGCGCGCCGAGGGUCAGACGAGCGCGCGGGCCUCCCUCGCCAGCUCGAGGGACCUCGAAAUACGGAGUCCCACUCCCUCUGGACAGACGCGGAAUGCAGCGACGGCGACACCCACACCGGCGUCUUCGAUCCACCCCCAACCCGAUCUCGACUAUGCCGCGGCGGUCAACUCGCUGACACUCCUCUUCCUCAACGAUCACGAAGCUACCAGGGUCGCUGCUCUGACGUGGCUCAUCAUGCUGCACCGCAAGGCGCCGCGAAAGGUCCUGGCAUUCAACGACGGAACGUUCCCGGCCCUUCUCAAGACCUUGUCCGAUCCGGCAGAGGCCGUCGUCACCAAAGACCUGCAGCUCCUGUCGCAGAUCUCUAGGGACAGCGAGGACGACUACUUUAGCAACUUUAUGGUCAACCUCCUCCAGCUCUUCUCGACGGACCGCAAGUUGCUCGAGACGCGCGGCAACCUCAUCAUCCGGCAGUUGUGCGUCAGCCUCAGUGCAGAACGCAUCUAUCGGACCCUGGCAGACUGUAUAGAAAAGGAGGAGGAUGUCGAGUUUGCCAGCAUCAUGGUGCAGAACCUCAACAAUAACCUAAUCACGGCGCCCGAGCUGGCCGAGCUGCGCAAGAGGCUGCGGAAUCUGGAGACAAAGGAAGGACAGGCUUUCUUCGUAGCCCUGUUUCGCUCGUGGUGUUACAAUGCUGUCGCCACCUUCUCGUUAUGCCUGCUUGCUCAGGCCUACGAACAGGCAUAUAACCUGUUGCAAAUCUUGUGCGUAUGCACCUGGAAAGGGGCUGACACGAGGGCUUUCGUCACUGACUACGAGUUCUUCUCUAGUGCCGACCUCGAAAUGACGGUCAAUAUUCUCAUCCAGAUCGACAAGCUGGUGCAGCUGCUCGAGUCGCCCGUCUUCACAUAUCUCCGCCUCCAGCUCCUGGAGCCCGAGAGGUAUCCCUAUCUAUACAAAUGCCUCUACGGUCUCUUGAUGCUGCUCCCGCAGUCGUCUGCCUUUGCCGCUCUCAAGAACCGCCUCAACAGCUCUCACUCUAGGCAAAGCUCUGUCGUCGAGGCGAUCCACUCGAUCCAGUCUCUACAGCAGCAGCAAACAGCCGCCGCCGCAAGCACCCCCCGCACAUCCAAGUUCAGCAUAGACACUCACACUCUGCCUCUCAGCAACUCGGCAACGCCCAGCGGCUCGAGCUACGACAGACCCACCAGGCUCAAGGGCCGUGAGGACAGCAUCAUCCGGUGGAACGAGCUGCUAGAGAAGUUCCGCAGCGUACAGGACCGUGCGCGAAGGGCACAGCGGCUAGGAGGCGACCUCGACGACGCGCCAUCCCUGGGCCUCGGUGAGCUCCGACUCAGCGAUUCGAUCGAGUUUCGAGGGCCGAAGGAAGCAGCCAGGCCGCCGGCUGGGCCGCCAGUACCUUCCAAGGAUCCGCCCUCCGCCGCUACCACCCCGGCGAAACCGCGCUCGGGAUUGGGGAGGCAGUUCGGUCGACUGGGAGGGGCCGUGUCGGGGAGGGGUAAGCGAGGGCAACAACCCUAG